AUGAACGCCGGACAGGAAAUACAACUUCACCAUCAAGACAGGAUUCUAUUCGGUGAAUACACAAUGGGGGCUACGAUGGUGCCCAACUUGUUUGUGUUUCACCACCCAAAAGAGGAAGAGGAGUUGAUCAACCAGGGAAAGAAACACACGGAGAUUUCGUACGAUUUUGCCGUUGAGGAAAUAGAGAACAACAUUGAUAGCGGCGAAGGAGGCGACGAAGACAACCUUGCUCUCCUAAAAGAUGAGAUCAUUCACUUACUUCCCCUGGUGGAGGACGCUAACGCCAUGGCGGCAGAGUUCAACAAAUCUGUCGGUUUUGAGGUGACCCUCAUCCCUGCUAUGUUCAGGGGAAAGGAAUCAGGCCCCACCGAGGUCUAUGUGAAAAUGCAUAAUAUGGAGAACGACAACGAGUUUUACUGGGGGAAGAACAAGUUCCUGGACAGGCAAUGCAGUAUGCAGAGAAUCUACGAAGAGUUUGAGGGCACCUAUAACGUGGAACAGGACGACGACCCCUUUUACGAACCUCCAGACACGGAGAACCUGAUAGGUUUGGUGUCCGUGCCUUUGGUGGCUCUGGCCCAUGGCCGGACCUAUGACGAGAAGCUGACCAUCCGAAACUACGAAGCAAACACGGUGGGGUAUCUCGCCGUCGAGUUAACGACCGAAGCUGGGGAGGUGAAGGAAGAGGAAAAGGGGCAGGUUAAAGAGGGAAAUAUUGACCCCAAAGAAAUGAUUGGGAAGGAUAUCGCAAUUCGUAUCAACAUAAAGAAAGCUCAAAACCUGCCUGUCAAAUACAACAAGGUUUGGUGCAAGUACAAAUUUUUCAAAAUGAAGAGACCUUCGACCACAAACCCAACUGAAUGCGUUGCCGGAUUGUUUGACUUAAAAUACAAGAAACGGCAUAAAUACGAAGCGCAGCAAGUCACACACGAGUUCCUGAGUUAUCUCCAAGAUAAAACCUUGAUGAUUGAAGUGUGGGGCAGCCAAUCAGAAACGGUUAUGCGACAGGCACGCCCCCGCACUGCUCCCGGCACAUUGAACAUGGGCGCUACUGGGACUCUUAGACGGGCCUCGUUCUCAAUCGAUGGGACUCAAACAGACGGUUUUGCUGGACGCAACACUUUGAAGGAAAGGGCAGCAAACCUAGGUGGCGCCACCGGAGAAGCAUGCAGACUGCAGUAGCAAUAGAGAAACGAUAAAAAUCAACAAAUACACAAUAAGGGUACGUGUUUGUGUUGGUGGCGGAAUUGACAAAGUCGACUUUGUAUGAAGUCAUGGAUAAAGCAGUAAUAUAUCCUUUAUUAUGAGUAUUAUUAUCAUCAUCAAAAGAACUGGUUGGCGCCAAACAUACGUAUAUACAAUAUGAUGCACCACAUAACAGUUUUAUUGCUAUUAUUAUUUUUAUUAUUAUUAUUAUUAUUAUUAAAAAC